UCUUGCUCGAUUCCGCGGACUGCAAGGAAAAUAUCCUCCGCCGCAUCGGGCUGCGAGGCAAGGAGUUGAGGAAACUUCUCGAAUGGCCGAACGCUGGUGUGGAGGCGUUUGCUCGCUAUCCAUGGCGACUUCUACGGGUACUGCCACUGCUCUGCUCCGCCCCAGCAGGCCGGCAGUUCCAGCCAAGAGGAGGUGUCUCCAUGGGGUUGAUGGGCGGACGACGACGAGUAGGAGGAGGGGAGCUGCAGUGGUCAUGCGAGCUUGCUUCAACCCUCUCGGCGACGAGCGCAUCCUCCGAGAAGCCAUCAAGGAGCCAGUAGCAUUCUUGGGUGGCGUGUUUGCUGGUCUGUUGAGGCUUGACCUGAAUGAGGAUCCUCUCAAGGAAUGGAUAAGUCGGACAGUGGAGGCUUCUGGAAUAGCUGAGGAAAACAGCUCUGAAGAAUCAAGUGAGGCAGAUCAAAAUGAUGCACCUCAGCAAAUUGAGAUUGAAUGAGGUCCAUUGUCUACCUUUUGUUCACUUGAUACUUUUCCUUUUGUUUACGUGCUUGCUCAAAUUUUGUUUGGGCUUAUAUUGUUCUCAAGUCAAAUAUUGGAUCAACAUUGGUAAUAUCAAACAUUGGGCCCUGGUUUUGUUCUACCACUCCUGUUUUAUAAUAUGAAGCCCCAGUCCUCUAGACAUGGUUAAACUUGGCCAUUAGUAGAAUACAGUGUACUACCAGUAAAUGGAAAGUUAUAUGUGUGAAUGAAAUGAAAGUCUAUUGGCAUCAUUUUU